AUGGCAGAGCUUAAUUCAGUAAUUAACAUGAAAUCUGAGAAAUUGAAUAAUAAGAUUGUAGAUCUUAGAGUGCAUGCAGUUACAACUGGUGAAGCUUUAAUUGAAAAGGCCAAAAUAUGUGAGAAACUUACAGUGGAGAAUGAGAGUUUGAAUGAGAAAAUUUUGGAGUUGCAAAAAGAAUUGGAUGAAUGCAGACAUGCUACUAAUAUGGCUUUUAAUAAAAUGGCAGAAAGCAUGGCACCAUCGAGUAGGCCUCCUGUAUCUGAAAUUCCAGAGUCUAUUGCUAACCCAGGGGUUGGAGAUACAGGAUACAAACCUCUUUAUCCAUGGGAGGAUUUGAAACAAAAGUCAGUGACAAAUCUCCCUGCGGCUCCAACUACAACAACCACAGUGUUGAAUCCUGAUAAUUCUGGAGAGAUUCAGCUGGUUAUUAAGCAGUUGAAGCCACAAGAAAUGGAUGCUAUAGUUAGAGAAAUAGGGCAGGUCCCUCAGCAGGAUAUCAAUCGCUUUUUGCAAUGGUUUUGUGGAUUUCAAAGAGUGAAAGAGAUGUAUAGUUUGACAACUAGUGAUAUGGAGAGGGUGCUGCAGAGAGUUGUUGGAAAUGGAUUGUGGGUCAGGAUUGUACAGACAUGUGGUCAGCAGCGUAGAACUAGGGAUAUGUUGAAAGAGAUCUUGAGAGCACUUUAUGGAGUUACAUCAAAUGUGUCAUUGUCUGGAAAAAUUAAACAGCUGAAACAAGAGUCUCCGUUUGAAUUGUCAGCUAGAAUCUCCACAGUGAUGGAAUAG